AUGCCUCCAGAAAAACCCUUUCCCGAGYGAGACACCGCUUGGUUUUCUCCUAUUUACUUCAAUAAAGUUAACAAUUUCUCUUUUCCUCUGUUUUCUUGUUCAGAUUUCCUGCAGUGUAACAUUUAUAACCAGGAGAGGAGAUCCACUCUGGACCAGGAAGAGUUAAAACCUCUGCAAGUGAAACAAGAACAGGAAGAGCCAGAAGAUCAUCAGAUAAAAGUGGAAGAAAAAGACGUUUACUGUAUUCAGGGUGAAGAACAGAUUGAGUUAAAACAGGAAACUGAUACCUGCAUGGUGGUUCCUGUUGAUGAGCAAACAAAUCACACUGAAUCAGAACCAAACAGGAACCAAGACAUCUUUCAGGAAGUUGCUGAAGCUGAGAACCGAAAUCAGGAAAGAAGAAAACCUUUCUCAUGUGUGACCUGUGGAAAAAGUUUUAAUAGAAAACAGCAUUUAACUAUGCACACGAUGAUUCACACUGGUGAAAAGCCGUUUACAUGUGUGACUUGUGGAAAAAGUUUUAAUCGAAAACAGCAUUUAACUGUGCACAUGAGGAUUCACACCGGUGAAAAGCCGUUUUCAUGUGUGACCUGUGGAAAAAGAUUUUGUCAAAAACAGGAUUUAACUCAGCACAAGAGGAUUCACACCGGUGAAAAGCCAUUUUCAUGUGGGAACUGUGGAAAAAGUUUUUGUCAAAAACAGCGUUUAACUAAGCACAUGAUGAUUCACUCUGGUGAAAAGCCGUUUUCAUGUGUGAACUGUGGAAAAAGUUUUAGUCACAAACUUGGUUUAACUCAGCACAUGAGGAUUCACACUGGUGAAAAGCCAUUUUCAUGUGUGACCUGUGGAAAAAGUUUUAGCCGGAANGCACAUGAUGAUUCACACUGGUGA